AGUCUGCCCUUUAUAUAAGAAUGGUAAAGGGAGGAAGUUAUCUUUUCUGUUCUUCAGCUAACUUCAACUUCUGCCUCUACUGAUGCCUCUGCCAACAUCUCUGCAGUCAGUGAACAUCCAGAGUUCAUUCUGCAUCUUCUGACUCAUCAAAUCAAAGACGUGUAAAACAUUGGUGGUAGUCUCUGGUAGAAAUUUUUAUCCACAAUGAUGCACAUCCCAAACAGAAGUAUCCAGGCUGCCAACAUAUUCUUCUCCUCUGGUGCCAUACUUCUGUUGAUAGUAGGACUCAUCAUGGAAGACUGGGUGGAACUGAUUCCCAAAGUGAGAAAGGAUAAAACUACUCACAGUCCAUGGCUGGGAUGCUGUCCUCCUUUUUGGCCCGAAGAGAGCCUGGAGGUGGUCAGGCGGAUAAUGAGGAUGACUCUCAACAUUUCCAUCUAUCUAAACUUGAUCAUAGGUUUGCAGUUCUCCUAUAUGAUUUCUCAAAACAAGUGUGUGCAUCUCCUUGUUGGCUUCCUGAGUUUCUUCGCAGGUUGCCUUUUGUUCUAUGCGAUCAUUGUGUAUCACCACAAGCUAAAUAAAGGUCAAUAUGUGUACUUCGUUAAUUACAAGACCAAGUGGAUAGCUUUCACUGUCUACUUAACAAUCGCCCUCUUUCUUACCUGUGGUAUCUUCUGUUUCAUACAGAGCACAAAUAGAUGCGAAUGCAUGAAAUUCUGUAUACCCCACACAGAAAGUAAAAGCCAAGAAAUGAUUCCGAGUACAAUCGAAGUUGUUUCACUUCCGCCACGAUGUGCAAUGCCUCGAAGCAUCGUCCAUGUGCACUCUGUGACCUCAAAGGAUGGCUCCUUAAAUAGACCACACACCCAAGCACGUCGGGUAACCUGGGCUCUGUGACUUGACAAUACGUACCUUUCAGUACUACCUGACGUUGCUAUGGAAUUAGCUGUAUGUAACCAAUCAUUUGUGUAUGGCAAUAAAAAGUUCAGAAAA